AUGAUGGUAACAUCAAGUAAUAUGUAUGAAGUAUGGAAAGGACCAAAUGUUGAAAUUGUUUACAUACCAUAUGAAUAUGUGACAAAACUUCAAAUUGAAGAAUAUUGGGAUCCAUAUUUUGUGUAUUAUAUGUUUGCUAAAUACUGGAAAUUAUCAUUUGUUAUUGCAUUAAUUUAUAUUAUUAUGAUAAGAAUGAUUGAAAAUGCAAUGAAAGAAAAAAGGGCAUUUGAAUUAAAAAAGUCAUUAUUUUUAUGGAAUACAUCAUUGGCAAUAUUUAGUAUAAUUGGAAUGAUACGUUCGGGAGAAGAAUUUUUAUAUGUUUUUUUUAAUAAACCAUUUACACAUUCUAUUUGUUAUUCAAUGAAUCCAAAUGAACCUGUUGCAUUUUGGGCAUGUGCAUUUGCCUUAUCUAAAGUGGCUGAACUUUUUGAUACAAUAUUUUUAGUUUUAAGAAAAAGAAAAGUUAUAUUUUUACAUUGGUAUCAUCAUGUUGUUGUCCUAAUAUAUAGCUGGAAUUCAGCUGUUGAAUUGACUGCUGCUGGUCGUUGGUUUAUAUUUAUGAAUUUUUCUGUUCAUUCAAUUAUGUAUAGUUAUUAUGCUUUAACAUCAAUUGGUUUACGUUUUCCAAAAAUUGUUUCAAUGGCAGUAACAAUUUUACAAACAAGUCAAAUGUUAAUUGGUGUUGCAAUAUCAUGUUCUGUAUAUUAUCUGCGUUCUGUUAUAAAUAUGAUUCCAUGCCAACAAUCAUAUGAAAAUUUAACAUUAUGUUUUUCAAUUUACCUUUCAUUUGCAAUACUAUUUAUGAACUUCUUUAUUAAAAGUUACUUUAGUCGUAAAGAUAAAAUGAAAAAAGAAUGA